AUGACCGAAGUCGUCCCAGUGCAAGACCCAGCCCAGGAGGAGCGCAGCAGAGUAGAGCAAGUUGUCGCGACCAAGGCAUAUGUGAAGGAUCCUGAGCUACUACCAUGGUACACGAAGCAACUUGAAGAGCCUAGUCCGGAAACGAGAGAUCUGUUCGAAAGUUACAGCAGGGUGCCAGCAGCGGACAUCAUCACGCACAUCAAACGUGUGAGAGAUGAAGCAUUCUCGGUCUUCCCGUAUCCUUGCUUGGGAAAUUGGGGGUUCUUGAACUUUUCCAUCGAGAAGAACCCGGCCUACCAGGAAGUCCUCAGUCGCAUCAAGGACGGGGAGCAGUUCCUCGACCUUGGAUGUUGUAUGGGCCAGGACAUCCGCAAGCUGGUCCACAACGGCGCGCCCUCCGAGAACACGUACGCGUCCGAUGUCAAAACAGACUUCUGGGGCUUUGGCUAUGAUCUGUUUCUCGACAAGUCGACUCUGCAGACACAGUUCAUGGAAGCCGACAUUUUCGACGCCAACUCGGAGCUGAAACAGGUAGACGGCAAGAUCGACAUGGUCAAUGCCGCCUCGUUCUUCCACCUGUUCGAUUGGGACGGUCAGGUCAAAGCAGCUAAGCGCGUGGUCCAACUGUUGAGGCCAGUGGCUGGAAGUCUCAUCGUUGGACGCCAAGGUGGCAAGCCCGAAGCCGGCAGCUUCUCACACCUCAUGAAAGAGCAGACUGCUUUUUGGCACAAUCCAGAGUCCUGGGCGAGCAUGUGGAAGCAGGUCGGGGAGAAAACUGGAACGGAAUGGAAGGCUGAAGCUGUGCUUGGUGAAGAAGAUCUAUCGAAGAGGAUGAAGACGACGCUUGUGCCUGCCGGUACAAGGUUCAUGACCUUUACUGUACGUCGGGUGUAG